GUGAUCAGGGCCGCGGGGGGCCGGCGGCCGAGACUUGGACACUGUGACCUGAGCCGGGCGGUCGUGGGCGGCGACGUGACGGUACUCCGCCGCGCCAGAUUCGCGGCCAGGGGUCACCUGGAUCUCGCUUACCACCCAGCCCCUGGCCAGCGAGCGGCCCGCAGUCGGCGGUCCCGGGGCGGCGGGGGCGGAGCUCGGCCUGCGCCGACAGCCCAUUGGCUGCCUCCGUUUCCCCUUCGGCUUCCUGCGGCGGCGUUCAGGUGUGGGCUGGAGCCGCCGGGUGCGCGCCGUCUGGGUAUUCGGGAUGCUGCCGAGCGCUCGCGGGAGGCUGUGAGUCUCGCCUCGACCACUUAGUGCUCCACCCGCAGCCGUGUCCAGGAAUAGUUUGACUCCAUCGCUACUUUGUAUCAGUCCUUGGAAGAUGGCACAGUUUGUGUGCUUGUAAUCCUUGAUUUCCAUGGCCAAUAUUGACGACGGCAUAUGCAAAAAAUACAUAAAGAUGAUAACUAAUAUUGUUAUAUUGAGCCUGAUCAUUUGCAUUUCCUUAGCGUUCUGGAUUAUGUCCAUGACUGCAAGCACCUAUUAUGGUAACUUACGACCUAUUUCUCCCUGGCGAUGGCUCUUUUCUGUUGUUGUUCCUGUUUUGAUCACCCUCAAUGGCUUUAAAAAGAAAAGUCUCGAUCACAGUGGGGCUUUAGGAGGGCUAGUGGUUGGAUUUAUCUUAAGCAUCGCAAAUUUCAGCUUUUUUACGUCUUUGCUUACAUUUUUUCUUUCUUCUUCAAAACUCACUAAAUGGAAAGGAGAAAAAAAGAAACGUCUAGAUUCAGAAUAUAAGGAAGGUGGGCAGAGAAACUGGCUUCAGGUGUUCUGUAAUGGCGCUGUGCCCACAGAGCUGGCCUUGCUCUACAUGAUCGAGAAUGGGCCCGGGGAAAUCCCCAUCGACUUCUCCAAGCACCAUACGGCCUCCUGGAUGUGCCUCUCUCUCCUGGCCGCCCUGGCCUGCUCUGCCGGAGACACGUGGGCUUCAGAAGUUGGCACCGUUCUUAGCAAAAGCCCACCAAGGCUGAUAACAACCUGGGAGAAAGUUCCAGUGGGGACCAAUGGAGGGGUGACAGUGGUGGGCCUGGCCUCAAGUCUCCUUGGCGGCACUUUCGUCGGCAUUGCUUACUUCCUCGCACAGUUGGUCUUUGUUAAUGAUUUGGACCUAUCUGCUCCCCAGUGGCCAAUUAUUGCAUUUGGGGGUCUGGCUGGAUUACUCGGAUCAAUUGUGGACUCAUAUUUAGGAGCUACGAUGCAAUUUACUGGUUUGGAUGAAAGCACGGGCAUGGUGGUCAACAUCCCGACCCAGGAGGUGAAACACAUCUCUGGGAAACCCAUUCUCGACAACAAUGCAGUGAACCUGUUUUCCUCUGUUCUUAUUGCGCUCCUGCUCCCAACAGCUGCUUGGGGCUUCUGGCCCAGGGAGUGAACUGUAUUUCCUUUCCAGCAGCCCUGCUAAAUUUACCGUUCUUUGUUCCAUCCCAAGAAGAAUGAUAAUGACUAAGAGGAAAGGCCAGCUCCUGUCACCUUCCAUUGUGAUGGAAUUCCACAAUUUUCCUGCCAUCAGUUCCUUGGAAAUAAUCUUUCUUGGACGUGUAAGAGUACUGAUCAACUUAUUUGCUCUGCUAAAUGUGACUUCUUAAGCAAUGAAGCUGUAUAAUUUUUCUUUCUUUUGGUAUAUAUUGAACUGAGAGUUCCAACAUGAUAGAUAUAAAUGUUAUUGAAGUUAGUUGUAGAGGCAAAUGUGAGAAAAAUUUGUAAAUGGUUCUUGCCAAGGAAAUAGACAAAGUAGUAGAGCACCUGGCUCGCCUGUUCAUGGCCCUGAGUUCCACCCAUGCAGCCCUUUCCCCACCAAGAAAAGCGAAAGAGAAAUGGUUCUCAGUUCGUGGAGAGAAAUACUUUUGUGUCUGUCACCCAAAUGUUAUGUCCGUUUUAAGUGAUUUAAAUUGGUGUGUUUGAAAUCUUCCUUGUUGUGUCCUGGAUUUUUCCAUGACUUUGCAUUUGCUGGUGUCAAAAGUGUGCAGUCUGGUGCCUCCUGAACUAUGAGGACUAUUCCACAUUUGUUCUUCCUUCCUCAGGGCUAGUGAUUAAAAAAAGUAAAUGUGUUUUUUGCAUAUGGCCAUUAGAAAAGCAUAAAAAAGUUAUUUCUAUGUGAAAACAAAAGAUUUCUUUUGUAUUUAAAAAUUCUGCACCUUUCUGUACAUUUUAGUUGAUCUUCAAACAUAAACUAUCUCUGAUUUAAUGUUUUUAAAAUCUUUUCUGGUUUUCUUUGGAAUUUGAAAGAACUUUGUUAACAGGAACUUUGUUUACUUUUAAUAUCCCAAAUAGUUAAAAAUUCACUGGAAAAUUAUUGUAGUUUUUAAUUUAUUAUUCUAGAAUUCACUGAAAGGUGCUCCACUUUACAUUAUAAAAUAUAAUUAUUGUAUUUACAUUAUAAUCUAAACUAAUGUGAAUUCUCCUUUUUCAGUUUUGUUCUUCACCAUGCUUUCCUGUGUGCUAAAAGAGUUUGAUGUGGUGUGAACUGUUUUGCAGAAGGAAUUUUAAAUAUUUCUCAAGUGAAUUCCCUGCCCUUUAGGCAUCCUUGGAGAAAUUGGGGUGAGGGGUGGGAGGUGGAGAAAUUGAAUUAUUAGGCCUGAGGGAUAAAGAGGUUUGAGAUUUCAUCAGGGAUAACGCUUGGGAUUCUUAGAAUCUGAGAUUUCAUCAGAGUGAGGAAUUAAAGAAUUCAAAUGCUGUACAACUGUCUUGAUUUAGAGAGGAAAAGGCGUGAAACAGUUCAUAAGACAAGUGACAAGCAGCUCUAUAGGUCUGUUAUUUCUUUACACCUUGAAAUACCUCAGAAUCACCUCCACAUCUUUUAAAAAAAAAUUGUAUCUAUGCUUUAUCCACAAAGAUUCUCACUUACCUGGUUUCACGUGGGGAGUUUUAAAAAACACUGUCGCCAACAUUCCUGAGAGAUAGCGCAGUGAGUAGGGUGCUUGCUUGCAUCUGGGUUUGAUCCUCGCAUGCCAUAUGGUUCCGGAGUGCAGAGACCGGAGUUACCUCUGAGCACCAUUGGGUACAUGCCCAUAGCAAAAAAAAAAUAACAAAAAUAAAGUAAAAUAUUCUACUUAAACUCCAAAGAAUUUAGGGUGGCGCCCCUCUUCAAUCACACUAAUAUGUCUGUGGCAAAAUUUAAAUAGUUUAAUCGCAGCUGACCUGGGUUUGAAUUCUCCGUCCCUCUCAGAGAGCCUGGCAAGCUACCAAGAGUAUCCUGCCCGUAUGGCAGAGUCUGACUGACAACUACCUGUGACGUAUUCGAUAUGCCAAAAACAGUAACAACAAGUCUCACAAUGGAGAUGUUACUGGUGCCCGCUCGAGCAAAUUGGUGAACAGCAGGAUGACUGAGACUGUACAAAGAGCUUCAUGUCAGGUCACUGUCACUGUCAUCCCGUUGCUCAUUGAUUUGCUCGAGUGGGCACCAGUAACGUCUCCAUUUUGAGACUUGUUACUGUUUUUGGCAUAUCGAAUACAUCACGGGUAGCUUGCCCAACUCUGCUGUGUGGGUGAGAUACUCAGUAAUGUCAGGUCAGGUGACAUUUUUAUCACCCAAUUUAGAAACCUGUUUUCAAGCUUUGUUGAGUAUAAAAAAAGAUGACAUAUUGUGACUUUUAAAAAAAUCUCAUGUAGGGGGCCGGGGGGAUAGAACAGAAGGGAAGGCACUUGCAUGCAGCCGACAGUGGUUCCAUCUCCAGCACUUCAUAUAAUCCCUGAGCUUCACCAGGAGUGAUCCCUGAGCACAGAGCCAAGAGUACGUCUCAAGCCCACUGGGUAUAUCCCCCAAACAAAAAGGAGAUUCAUGUGAUUUGAUAGUAAUGUUACCAUCAACAGCCACACCUGCUGGCUCUCUGGGGCUACUCCCCGACUCUGGAGGGCCUCAUUAUUCCAGGCUGCACAGUCAGCCACCUGAGCUCUUUCUCUGGCCAAGUCCACAAGAUCGAAUCUGCACAUGUGAUCCCUCUGGAAGUGCCAUGUGUCAGGGUUGUCCUUCACAACAAGCAGUACCCAGCCUCACCCCAGCCAAGUGUGUGUGAGCACAGCAAGUGGCAAGGGUGUCGCUCUCAGGGAGCCCCUCUGCUCAAAAGAAAUGGGAGCACUGUGACUAGGAGUGUGACUGCAGGAAGACAUAGGUGUGGGUACUGAGCAUCAUCUGGUGAGCACUAGAGCCUGAUUGUGUGGGUCAAUAUCACAACUUAGUGAGUAGGAACCCUCACCAGUACUCAGCUAAAUGUGUGAGCACUGCAAGCAGUUGUGUGUAUGUGUGUGUGUGUGUGUGUGUGAUCCCCGCUCAUUACAACAGGAAGGGGGAGGGGAAUUAAAAAAACCAAAACUUCACCGAAAGGGCUCAUUGUAAUGGUAUAAUAUGUGUGGUCUCCCGAGGCAUGCUGAAGAUGUUGAUACCAUCUCUUACUGUGCCACACGGUAGAGAAGAGCAAGGUACAUAUGUCUCCUGUAAACUCCAGAAGGAGACCUGCAGGCUUGGAGGAGUAGGGUUGAAAGUUGCAUCAAACUGGGGCCGGAGCAAUAGUCCAGCGGGAAGGGUGUUUGCCUUGCACGUGGUCGACCUUGGGUUUGAUCCCUGGCAUCCCAUCUGGUCCCUUGAGCACUGCCAGGAGUGAUUCCUGAGUGCAGAGCCAAGAGUAACCCCUGAACAUCACAGGGUGUGACCUGAAAAGCCAAAAAGAAAAAAAAAUGGCAUCAAAUAAAGAAUAGUUCACUGGAACAGGUCUUUCUAUUCUUUGUGUCUAUUCUUUGUUGUUGAUGUUGAUGUUGAUGUUGAUGUUGUUGUUGGGGGGGUUAAGGAGGGGGAAAGUUGAUACCUGGUGAUGCUCAGGGCUUUCUCCUAUCUCUGUACUCAGGAAUUACUCCAGGUGGUGUUCUACGGACUGUAUGGCAUGCUGGGAUAUCUAACCCAGGUUGGCGGUGUGCAAUGCAAAUGCCCUACCUGCUGUACUGUCUCUCCAGCCCUAGGUCUUUGUAUUCUUAACCUUUCUCAUGAAGCUUAUUUAGCCUUAGCUAAAGUGCUCACAUCCCUAUCUCAUUUCUAGCUGCUGUAUAUAAAGUAGUACUCUGGCUCAGAAAUAAGCUGUCACAUUUCUAUUAUUGGGCAAAGGCCUAGCACGGGGAAAAUCCUGUGAGGUUAGGUACUGUAAACUUUAUCCCCUAUAUUCAGUAGAAAGAGUGCUGCCUAUGAGGCACAGUGCACAUACUGUUCUGAUAUUUUAUUUAUUUUUAAAAUUUUUUUAUUAGUGAAUCACCAUGAGGUACAGUUACAAACUUAUGAACUUUCAUGUUUGCAUUUCAGUCAUAGAGUGAUCGUUUACAUCCCUCCACCAAUGCCCAUUCUCCUCCACCAGUGAUCCCAGUAUCCCUCCCAUCACCCUCACCCCAACUCCCACCACCCCACCCUGCCUCUGUGGUAGGACAUUCCCUUUUGUUCUCUCUCCUUUUGUGUGUUGUAGUUUGCAAUAGAGGUAUUGAGUGGCCAUCAUGUUUGAUCUAUAGUCUACUUUUGGCAUGCAUCUUUCAACCCAAAUGGGUCCUCCCAACAUCCUCUACAUGGUGUUCCCUUCUUAGAAAGACCUCACUCAUCUGUGGAAUAUAAAGUAACAGAAUGGGAGACUAACACCCAAGAGUAGUAGAGAUAAGAACUAGGAGGUCUGCCCCACAGCUUGGAAACUAGCCCCACAGGCUGGGGGAAAUGGUAGCUGUUCUGAUAUUUUAGCAACUGUUCCUAACGCCUUCACAAAGGACAAAAACCCACUAGAGAGAUAGUACAGUGGUUGGGGUGAUUGCUUUGUAUGUGAUCAAGGAAGGGAGAGGGAGAGAGAAAGAAUGAAAGAAAGAAAAAGGGAAAGAAAAAAAAGGAAAGAGAGGAAAGGGGAAAAAAGAGAUGAGAAAGAUAGUACAGGAGGUCAGGCCCAUAAUUGACCCAGGUUUGAUCCCCUGCACCCCGCACAGUCCUUUGAGCAUCGUAGCACAGCAGGUAGGACGUUUGCCUUGCACAUGGCCAACCUGGGUUCAAACCCCCCAUAUGGUCCCCUGAGCACUGCCAGGAGUAAUUCCUGAGUGCAAAGCCAGGAGUAAUUUCUGAGCAUCGCUGGGUGUGACCCAAAAAGAAAAAAAAAAAAAGAGUGAUGGAGAGCUUGCUCGGGAUGGGAGAUGCAUGCUGAAAGUAGACUGUAGACCAUACAUGAUGGCCACUUAAUACCUGUAUUGCAAACCAUAACACCCCAAAGGAGAGAGAGAGUAAAAGGAAUGCACCAGCCGCAGAGGUGGGGGUGGGGGAAAUGGCGUGCAGGUGGGGAGAGGAAUACUGGGAACACUGGUGGUGAAUGGACACUGGUGGAGGUACUGAAUCAUUGAUAACUGAAACAUAAGCACGAAAGUUUGUAAGUCUGAAACUGUACCUCACAGUUAUACAUUAAAAAAAAAUGUGAUCCUUGAGUGCAGAGCCAGAAGUUGUCCUAGUUGAGCCAUGUGUUAUUGUUUUGUUUACUGAGUUUAGUUGUCUUCUCUGUUACUUUCCCCUUUUUUUCAGUGUGCUCUUCUUUUCUUUCUUUUCUUUCUUUCUUUCUUUCUUUCUUUCUUUCUUUCUUUCUUUCUUUCUUUCUUUCUUUCUUUUGAAGGGGAGAUGUUUGGGUUACAUCUGGCUCUAUGCUCAAGGGUCACUCCUGGUGAUGCUGGGGGGCACCAGAUGACGUGCCAGAGAUUGAACCGGGAGCAGCUGCUUGCAAGGCAAACUCCUUAACUUUUCUGUUUUGUUUGGGGCCAUCCUCGUGUUCAGGAGAGGCUCUAGAUCCCAUCUGGGGUGCUGGGAACUGAACAUGGGUCAGCCUCAUGCAAAGCCAGCACCUUACACAGUUUACUAUCUCUCCAGCCCCAAACUCCUUAACUUGCAUAUUUAUUUCAUCUUUCAUCUGAAUGGUAGUGUGAUUUUGUUUUGUUUGGGGGCCACACCUAGUGAUGCUCAAGGCUUACCCUGGCUCUGUUCUCAGGGAUCACUCCUCAUCCUCACACAUGCAAGUCAAGGGUCCUACCCUCUGUAAUUCCACUUCAGCCCAUGUAGUGAUUUUUAUUUUCACAUGCUUGGCUCACACUGCGUUUACAGAUUAACCCCUUUUAUUCUUAAUACUAUGAUGAAGGCAUUUUCUCUUUACAUUAAAAAAAUUUUUUGAGGGGCUGGCAUGAUAGCACAGCGGGUAGGGCGUUUGCCUUGCACGUGGCCAACCCGGGUUUGAUUCCCAGCAUCCCAUAUGGUCCCCCAAGUACUGCCAGGAGUAAUUCCUGAGUGCAGAGCCAGGAGUAACCCCUGGGCAAUGCUGGGUGUGACACCCCCAAAUUUUUUUGAGUAGAUUUUGAAUAGCUUGGUCCUAUUCCAAUUUAGAGAGCACUACACUUCAGCUUAAUUAAUGUUAUAAUUUGUAUGAGAGGUUUACUUUUUCCAAAACGUGUGAAUAGGGGCACAGCCGGUAAGACAUUUGCCUUGCACAUGGCCAACCCGAGUUCGAAUCCCAGCAUCCCAUAUGGUUCCCUGAGCACUGCCAAGAGUAAUUCCUGAGUGCAGAGCCAGGAGUAACACCUGUGUAUCACUAGGUGUGACCCAAAAAGAAAAAAAAUAGUGUCAAUAAAAUAACAUUGUGAUGACUCGUAUGUAACUCAGUGGUAGAGCACAUGCUUAAAUCUAUCAUUCCCAGGUUUGAUCCUGAUCCUAGCACAAAAAUGACAGAAAAAUAGCAAGCAGCACUAUGAUAAUAGUUUUGUGGAAUCCUGUGAUUGCUUUGUGGAAUUAUUGAGUCAAAGGCCACAAAGAGCAUUGCCUGAUCGCUCUGUGGAAAGAUAUUAACUGCUGUAGCUUUAACAUAGUAUAUGUGUGACUGCUGGUCCAUUGCAAAGCCAGUGGCACUGUCCUUGGUUCCUUAAUAUUUUAUUUUUAAAGUAGUAUCUGAUUAUUUUAGGGGGGAAAAGUCAUUCAGAAGGACCACCACACACAGUGCUUGAAAGGAGAAAAGGUACAAGAAAAAUGCCUGCCAUGGAGGCAGACUGGGGGCAAGAGGGGAACUGGGAGCAUUGGCGGAGGGAAGUGGACACCGGUGAAGGGAUGGAUACUUGAACACUGUUUUCCUGAAAUUCAUUCGUGAACCACUUUGUGACUGUGUAUCUCACAGUGAUUCGAUUAAAAAAAUGAAAGGACGACCUCAUAGUCUAUGUGUGGGUGCCAGGGAUUGACCCAGGGUCUCACACAUGCAAGGUGUGAGCUCACCACAGAGCAACGCUCUCAGCUCCAAAAGUUCUCUCUCUCUUUUUUUUUUUCAGGGGAAACACUCCCAGCAGUGCUCAGGACCAUAUGGUAUAUCAAGAUUUGAACCUGAGUCGAAAACCCAGGGCCUCACUGUGUGAUAUUUCUGUGAUAUGUUACUUUUCCACUUUUCAGUUCCUUUAAUUUACAAGCCCACUUGAAAGAGAGCUUUGCAGGUAGUUGUGAGCUAUUAUAAAGAAAUAUACAUGUGUACUAUCUUAGCAGUACUCAGCUUAAAAGGACAUGUUAGAGCAACCUAAAAUAAUCUAUUUGAAAUACCUCUUUGUAUUACCCAAUUCCUAGUGUAGGACUGGUUGCAAAAAUUAUCAGGCAAGUUUUACAAUUUUAAUGUUUUGACUUUCCCCUUCAUCUUAGUUAUAACUUUGUGGCUUUCUCUAAAUUCAUAUAACUUUCUAUAACAAUAUUACAAUAGUACUUGUAGCUUUCUACAACUUAAUAUAACUCUCUAUAACUUAAUAUUAUAAUAGUACUGGUUUCUUCAGUAUUUCCCUGUUGGAUUUUGUGAAACAAAAGCUUUAGGCCAAAGUGGAAGAAAGGUCACAUAUUUCAAGCAUAAACAUAUGGGGUUCCAAAAGAUUUCUAUCUCUGUAUUUGAACUUGACUAUUUUUUUUCAUUUUUUUUCUUUUUGAGUCACAUCCAGCUAUGCACAGGGGUCACUCCUGGCUCUGCACUCAGGAAUUACUCCUGGCAGUGCUCAGGGGACCAUAUGGGAUGCUGGGAUUUGAACCUGGGUUGGCUGCAUACAAGGCAAAUGCCCUACCCGCUGUGCUAUCACUCCAGCCCCUUGACUAUUUUUUAAAAUCUUUUUAUUUUAUAAAGUAUUUCACAACAUUUUAUUACAUUUAAUAUUCAAACACCAAUCCCACCACUAUUAUACCUUCCACCACCAUAUUUCAGAUGUUUCCAUCCCAAACCCCAACCCCCUGCCCCAAAGCAGAACCAAAAUAAUAUAUUUUGUAUUGUUUGUUAUGAAAAACUACUGAAAAUGCUACCAAAAAAGUAUCCUUAGAGGAAAGAAUGUGGAGGUUGUUGUAUUUCACCCAGGGGCUAUUAAGCCCUUAUAUAAGAGAUCACUUACAUGUUGUUAAAGGUUGAGCCUUGUGUGCUUUAUAUGUGUGUGUGUGUGAUGUAUGUAUGUAUAUACAUAUAUAUGUAAAAUAUAUAUAUUUCCCUCUAAGAUUGGUUGCCUCCUGCUUUGAACCCUAUCAAAUGUAGUACGGUACUCUUGGAAUAUGAGUAGGGUAUGUGGAUUGAAGUAUUGUGCAGUCCAGAAAUAGAUUCACUCUUGGGUGAUGCUCGGCCUGAACAUAUGGAGAGUGGCCAUGGGCAUGGUGGCAACUGGGUUAUGGAGGCUUUCAGCUGCCAGGGUUGGGUCUUUUGGGGCAGGGAGGGGUCUCACCCAUCCCCCCUUUGGGGCGCCCCGAGUAAAACAGCAGGUGCGGGGUCUGGUGGCAUGGUUAUGGCAAGCAGUCAUGCUAUGCUCCCUCUGGGAGAGAUGGACAGACAUGCGAUCUGGUUGGUGGCCGGUGAUGAGAUUAUCUGGCGCCAGCCAGAGGCAGUUUAUGGGUGUGACUGCUGAGUCAGGGGGGUGUGGGCAGAGGAUAUCCAUUUUUUUCAUCCUGUUGAACCCAGUGUUCUCAGAAACUUAACUAUUCUUGUGCCUAUUUCACGUUUAGCAAUGAAAUUUUACUUAGGCAGCCAAUAUGCAUUCUGGUGUAAUUCAUGACUCUCGUGCACAACAGCUGACAUUGAUACUAGUAUUAUUAUUCAGUUCUAUGUGCUAGAACUCCUUUUGUUGUUGAAGAUGUGAAUAAAAUGUUGAAUUCA